GCUGGCAGCUUCUUGUUCUUUCUUCAACCCGCUACAUCCCUGAUCUUCACUUUCUACCACGUUCACCUCUCCCUCUUGUCACUACAUUCUCCACGAUUGCAGAUUUUAGGCCUGGUCCUAUUAUUGUAGCUGUAUUGGGCUUUGUUUAGUCUCGAUUCCCUAACUCGAUACCCUUUUUUUUUUCUUCAUACACUCCGCCUCCGCUCCAUUCCUGGCUUUUACACUAAAAAGUCGCUCGACACAAUGAAGUUCAAUACUGUCGCCGCUGCCAUGUCAGCAGCCAUGCUGGCUGGCGUUGCCAACGCUGAAGAGGCCGAGGCCUCUCCUGCCGCUGUUGAGCUCCCCAAGUUCACUCCUACCGCACUCAAGGCUCCUUUCCUCGAGCAGUUCACUGAGGGCUGGGAGAAGCGAUGGAAGGCUUCUACUGCCAAGAAGGACAACUCUGGCAAGGCCAAGACUGACGAAACUGAGGAAGAAUGGGCCUAUGUUGGCCAGUGGGCAGUGGAGGAGCCUCACCAGUACAAGGGCAUGGAGGGUGACGAAGGUCUUGUCGUCAAGAACCCCGCUGCCCACCACGCUAUCUCCGCCAAGUUCCCCAAGAAGAUUGAUAACAAGGGUAAGACUCUUGUCGUUCAGUACGAAGUGAAGCUUCAGAAUGGUCUUGACUGCGGUGGUGCCUACAUGAAGCUCCUCCGCGACAACAAGGCUCUUCACCAGGAAGAGUUCUCCAACACCACUCCCUAUGUCAUCAUGUUCGGUCCAGACAAGUGUGGCCACAAUAACAAGGUCCACUUCAUCUUCAACCACAAGAACCCCAAGACCGGCGAGUACGAGGAGAAGCACCUUUCUUCCCCCCCUACCGCCAAGAUUGUGAAGACCACCGAGCUUUACACCCUCAUUGUUCACCCCAACAACACCUACGUCAUGAAGCAGAACAACGAGGAGGUCAAGACCGGCACUCUGCUCGAGGACUUUACCCCCCCUGUCAAUCCUGAGGCCGAGAUUGAUGACCCCAAGGACAAGAAGCCCGAGACCUGGGUUGAUGAAGCCCGCAUCCCUGACCCCGAGGCUAAGAAGCCCGAAGACUGGGAUGAGGAUGCCCCCUUUGAGAUUGUUGAUGAGGAGGCUGUCAAGCCCGAGGAUUGGCUUGAAAGCGAAUCUCUCACUAUCCCCGACCCUGAGGCCGAGAAGCCCGCUGACUGGGAUGAUGAUGAGGACGGUGACUUUGUUGCUCCUACAGUUCCCAACCCCAAGUGUGCCGAUGUUUCUGGCUGUGGUCCCUGGACCAAGCCCAUGAAGAGCAACCCCGACUACAAGGGCAAGUGGGUUGCCCCUUACAUUGACAACCCCGCCUACAAGGGUGUUUGGGCUCCUCGUAAGAUCAAGAACCCUGGUUUCUACGAGGACAAGACACCCGCCAACUUUGAGCCUAUGGGCGCUGUUGGCUUCGAGAUUUGGACCAUGCAGAACGAUAUCCUCUUCGACAACAUCUACAUUGGCCACUCCGUUGAGGACGCCAACAAGCUUGCUGAAGAGUCUUUCAAGCUCAAGCACGUCGCUGAGAAGGCUCAGGCUGAUGCUGAUAUCCCCAAGCCUGAGGACCCCAAGUCCCCCAACGACCUCAAGUUCCUCGAUGACCCUGUCCUCUAUGUGCGCGAGAAGCUUGAUCUCUUCCUUACCAUUGCCCAGACCAGCCCCAUUGAGGCCAUCAAGUUCGUUCCCGAGGUUGCUGGUGGUAUUGCCGCUGUCCUCGUCACUGUUCUUGCUUUGAUUGCUGGUCUCCUUGGACUCGGCGGCUCUACCCCCGCUAAGAAGGUUGCUGGCGAUGUUAAGGCCAAGGCUAAGGACGUUAAGAACAAGGCUGCCGAGGCUGUCUCCACUGGCACUGAGAAGGCCAAGGAGGCUAAGAAGCGCCGUGCUUAAAUGCGAUUACCCGGAGUUUGUGUGUGGAGGUGGUCGUUUUACAACGAUGAAACGAAGUAAAGAUGCACAGCAAAAUGAAACGGAUGUCUAGAUGUCGAAAAGUAAAAGAAUAUCCAGAUACACUUGCUGCGUGCUGAUGACAGUGUCUGUUUUAUUAGACACGUUUGUUAGUCGAGGCAACAAGGAUGCCGUUGAAAGCUGGUAAAGUCUGGCGUCCAUUGUAUUUAGACGGGCUGGCCUUUGGGCUCGCCAAUGAGUUCACAAGCAACCCUUGUAAAAGAGAAUAUCCAGUUAAAAACAAUUUAAAUUUAAACACAGUCCUUAUUCUUAG